AUGUGGCGGCUAUGUGGCUAUUUCUCAUUGCUAAAUCCUGAUAAGGUUUUGCCCGUCCAUAUCAGUGAAUUCAGCUCGGCGCUCUGUACGUGGAAUGUCUGGAGCUUUGUUCGUGUGCCGCUGUUAGCCAUUCAACGAAAUUGGAGAAGGCUAGGUGAGAUGCGUUUACAGCACCAUCGAAUUCCACAUAAGACAAAUGUAUCUGAGCAUCGCAAAUAUAAAGAGUCGCCAGUCCCGGAAGAAGACAUUCCCUGUGUCUCAUGUAAAGAAAACGGCAAUACACGAGGACACAUGAACACGCCAGCGGGCGCCACACAAUUGAAAGAGCAUACCGAGAGAAAAGGAGGCUACAAUAAAUGGAGCAGUGGAAGAUAA